GGUUUUCCCAAAAUGGUCCGUUUAUCCAUUCAAGAAAUAAUAAUGUUGGUUUAUAAAGAAUUUUUUAUUUGGUCUUUAGGUGAUUAAUUAAUGGUCCUAAAUUUGUACAUUUGCUUGUAAGUUUUUUCACCUUGGGUAGUGUUGAUUGGCGGCGGUAUCAAAUUGAUUAAGAGACCGGGGGUUGAUUCUGCCGCCCCCCGGCCAAUCGGCACGGCGUAUCCAUAGAUACACCCCCUCGCAGGGGUAGAGGCGUGGCACGGCGGACCCGACAGUCUGCCAGAAUGCGGCCCUGAGCGAUGGACGGGUUCCUCAUCGACACGAGCCAGGUCUUCCUGUUCGACCACGACGAAGACUCGACGCAGUCUGACUCGAGUUUUUCUUAUUCGAGCGAUCACGAGUCCAACUCGGGGGACUCACGAUGUAGAAGGCGAGGUGAGAAAUGCGCCGUCCAGCAGUUGCAGCAACGCCAAGCAGCAAACCUACGCGAGCGACGACGCAUGCAGAGCAUCAACGAGGCAUUCGACGGCCUCAGGGCCCACAUUCCGACACUUCCGUACGAGAAAAGACUCAGCAAAGUCGACACUCUUAAACUGGCCAUAGGGUACAUAAAGUUCCUCAGCGAGCUGGUCAGGAACGACAAGAACCACCAGGAGCUCGGCAAGUCCGUGGGGAAAGCUCGGAGCCAGAACAAAGAACAGAAAAAAGUCAUUAUAAGAGGAAGCUACGGAUGUCCAUACGCCGCCCACUCUCUAUCCUGGAGUUCGGACAAGGAGAACGGAAGGAACGGGGUAAUGUUCGCCAAAGUUUGGACACCGGCUGACCCGAGGAGCAAAGGUUUCGGCAGCGUGUAAAAACCAAGACCAAAAUCCAAAAAAAAAUUUACCAAAUCGUAUCUAGUCAUAACAUUGUACCUUUUUUUUAUAAAUUAAAACGCGUU